AAUUGGUAAUUUGGUACAAAUUAAGUAAUCAUCCCAUGAUGCUCUCCCUUAUUGAUGUUGAUUGAAGUCUAACGAGGGAAAGUAUCAUAAGGAAAUCAUUUGAAUUUCUCAAUAAGUUUCCAUCCUCUCUCUCACGUAUAUACAGACAAGACAUAUAAAUAUAGUAGAAAUAAGAGAUAAGGAGAAGAUAGAAGAGUUUAUAAUCCCAUUAUCAUUUCUUAUAAACCCCUCUCUCUCACUCUCUCUUUCUCACUAUAGAAAAGGACUCAUGGGUUUCUGGGUUCAUAGUAGUUUUUGCGCUAGGAGUGCAGCUGUUCUCCUCCUCCUUGUUGUUUGUGAUUACCAAGCGGUUGUAUUAGCAAAUGGUGCAAGAAGUGAUGAAUCAAUAUCAUCGUCAUCGUCGUGUGAUUUCUUCAAAGGGAGAUGGGUUUUGGACCAGUCCUACCCCCUCUACAAUCCUUCCUCAUGCCCCUUCAUUGAGAACGAGUUUACCUGCCAAAAGAAUGGCCGUCCCGACCAGAUAUACACCAAAUACAGAUGGCAACCACAUGACUGUGAUUUAGCAAGAUUUGACGCGCUUGACUUCUUCGAAAGAUUUAGAGGGAAGAGCAUCAUGUUCGUUGGAGAUUCAUUGAGCCGAAAUCAAUGGCAGUCCUUGACAUGCAUGCUUCACUCAAAUGUACCAACUGCUAAGUAUAAUGUGACAAGAGUAAACGAUGUAUCUAUCUUCGAAUUCAUGGAUUAUGAAGUUAAAGUGAUGCUAGACCGCAAUGUAUAUCUAGUAGAUAUUGUAAGAGAAAAUAUUGGGAGGGUCUUGAAGCUUGAUUCAAUUGUGGGAGGCAAGUUAUGGAAGGAUAUUGAUAUGCUCAUCUUCAACACUUGGCAUUGGUGGAAUCGUAGAGGACCCUCGCAACCAUGGGAUUAUGUUGAAGUAGGAGGUCAGAGGAGCAAAGACAUUGACCGCAUGCUUGCUUUUCAGAAGGCACUCGUGACUUGGGCUGCAUGGGUGGACUUAAACAUUGAUCCAGCGAAGUCUAGGGUUUUCUUCCAAGGAAUUUCUCCCUCUCAUUACAAUGGCAGUGAAUGGCAUGAACCAUGGGCAAGAAAUUGUGUAGGGCAGAAGGAGCCUUUGCUUGGGUCGAUCUAUCCAGGAGCUUUGCCACCAGCUCUGGGUGUGCUGAAGAAUGUGUUAAGCACAAUAAAAAAGCCCGUGACAUUGCUAGAUAUAACAAACCUCUCACUCCUGCGCAAGGAUGGACAUCCUUCAACUUAUGGGUUGGCAGGCCGCACAGGAAUGGAUUGUAGUCAUUGGUGUCUUUGUGGAGUACCAGACACUUGGAAUGAGAUUCUCUACAAUUUUAUUCUUUAAAACAUUCAUUAUUGAAAACCAUCGAAAGGAUGGAGAUUGGACAAGUUCUUAGAAGGAAAUGAUAUGAUUUUAAAUGAUAUUCAAAUUUUUACAUC